GCUUGAAAAAGACUGUCUUUUUCUUUUUCUUCUUUAUUUAUUUUCACUUUUCCCUUUUGUCAUUAUAUGCAUUCUUGUGAUCACGAAUGUCGAAGAAACCCUCGACCUGGACACGCGUGGCUUAUGGAACCUCCACCUCUUCCUCCCCAACAACCAACAGUGCUUCCUUAACAGCAGACAAUCCUACAGAUAAUACUUCAUGGACGUCUCAAAAUGAUACAAUACCACCUAGAACAACAACAAAACCAAGAAGGGACUCAACUGCGCCACUUAUACAUGGUCCUCCUAUUCCAUCACCAUCCACUUCCUUACCUCCUUCGGCUUCCUCCUCUUCGUCCUCUAUUACUUCUUCUUCCUCCAUGUCCUUUCCAGCCAAGACUAGUGGAACAUCUAACAAACUUUCUUACAAACCACUUCAGCACGAAGAACAAUACCAUAGAGGAUCUAGUUUAUACUCAGCAGCAGCUCAGUCUCAUUCUUCUGUUACCCAACAACAACAACGACAUUUACAUCAACGGAGAAGACGAUCGCCAUCUCAGACUGAGACAAAGGUGAAUCAUCCUACCAAUGAUAUUGAAUUGAAUACCAGUGACGAAAAUAUAUCUAGUGAUGACGACGAUGACGACGAUGAUGACGAUGAUAAUUUGGACAACCAUGAUGAGGGAGAUACACUUUUAAAUAAUAAAAUCACCACUUCAAGUCAAAAUGGAUAUCAUAUACAAAUUGACAAUGGACCGGGUUCUUUUGAUCAUCGAUGGGAACAAUGUUUAUUAUUGGAAGAAGAAGAUGUUCAGGUGAUGAUUUCUGGUUAUCGAUAUCAUACUCUUCGAUAUUUGAUGUAUCAACUUGGAUGCAUUAUUACAUUGGGUAUUGUAUGGCUUAUUGGACGAUGGAUACCUACUUGGUGGAUCAAAUGGGUUGGACAACAAGUUCCAUUGAAAGAUGCUCGUUGGUUAGUCUUCAAGAAUCAAUACAAUCAAUUUGAAAUCUUACGUCCACAACGAGAAUUUUAUGGUGGCACUAUGGGAUCUGUGUUCUCUAUACAACAAAUCAAAGAAGAACUGGCGCAGUUAUCAGUAUCACCCAGAAAUGAUCAGUUACCUUUCUUGAAUUUGGAUGAACAAUUGCAACAUUUGACUUUGGUGGAUUAUCGUUAUGUUCGGUUGGCUUAUCAUCCACUUUUUGAUAAGUUCCUUAUCACAGGGUUUUACAAAGAUCAUCAAUGGACAUCUGUUAAAAACCUCAAACUUGGGCUUUCUACAGGGAAAUACAUCGAACGACUAUCUGUAUUUGGACCAAAUAUCAUCAACAUUCAUGAAAAACCUACUAUGAAAUUAUUAACAGACGAAGUCCUCAAUCCAUUCUAUGUUUUUCAAAUUGGUAGUAUCAUAUUAUGGAGUAUGGAUGAUUAUUACUAUUAUGCAUUUUGUAUCUUUGUGAUCAGUGCUUUCAGUAUCAUUACAACCUUAGUGGAAACGAAACAGACAAUGAAACGAAUGCGGGAUAUGUCACGAUUUGAAUGCUCAGUUAGAACUUUUAGAAAUGGGUCAUGGCGUGUCAUUAGUUCCGUAGAUCUUGUUCCUGGUGAUUUGAUUGAUAUUGGUGAUCUUCAUACUGUACCUUGUGAUGCCAUGCUUAUUACUGGAGAUUGUAUUUUGAAUGAAUCCAUGUUGACGGGCGAAUCUGUACCUGUAUCCAAAUUACCGAUGGUGGAUGUUACAUUACGCAAAUUGGAUCUUUCUGGACCUACCAUACCUGCAGAAGUCACCAAGCAUUUCUUAUUCAAUGGUACCAAAGUAGUUCGUGUACGAAGUGAAAAUAAUAUUUCAGCAACUGCUAUGGUGGUACGUACUGGUUUUAAUACGGCAAAAGGUGCUCUUGUUCGAAGUAUGCUCUUUCCAAAACCAAACAAUUUCAAAUUUUAUCGUGAUUCCUUCAAAUUUAUUGGUGUUUUAUCUAUCAUUGCUAUCCUUGGAUUUUUGAUAUCAUCUAUCAAUUUUAUACGAUUAGGCAUUGAUUCAGCGACAAUGAUUCUUCGUGCAUUGGAUUUGAUUACAAUUGUGGUACCACCAGCACUUCCUGCAACGAUGUCUAUUGGCACCAGUUUCGCUAUUCAUCGAUUGAAGAGACUGGGUAUUUUUUGUAUUUCUCCACCUAGAGUGAACAUUGGGGGCAAAGUGGAUUGUAUGUGUUUUGACAAGACAGGGACUCUGACAGAAGAUGGACUAGAUGUUCAUGGUAUUAGAACAGUAGCAAUUCAAAGACAAAACAAUGAUGGAUCUAAAGUAGUGUUCGAACCUGAAUCAACAAGUAUACUCAACACAACAUCACAACAAGAGGACGAAAAUAGUUCUAGGAUCAGGAUGUUACGGGCCAUGACGACUUGUCAUUCUCUCAAAAUUGUUGGUGGAGAACUGGUGGGGGAUCCUCUAGAUUUGAAAAUGUUUGGCUUCACUGGAUGGGAACUUGAAGAAAGUGGUGGGAUGUCAUCUAUGGGAUUGACAUCAAGAAAUGAACUGACUACUUCACAUGUCAAGAAAAGUGCAAAGAUUGGGAUCAUGCCUACGGUUGUUAGACCUCCUGGUGGAAGACAAGAUCUCUUACUUAUGCAGUCGGAAACAAGUCCAACAACACCGAUUGAAUUUGGUAUUAUUCAUUCUUUUGAAUUUGUAUCAUCACUACGAAGAAUGAGCGUGAUUGUUCGGCAAUUGGCAAAUACAUAUAUGGAAGUUUUUGUGAAAGGUGCUCCGGAAGUGAUGAUGGACAUUUGUACACCUGAAUCAAUACCGAAGGAUUAUCAAGAACAACUUUAUUGGUAUACUCAUCGUGGUUAUCGUGUUAUUGCCUGUGCUUCUCGACCAUUGGAUGGCGUGAAAUGGCACAAAUUACAUAAAUUGAAAAGGCAAGAAGUGGAAUGCAAUCUGACCUUUCUUGGUUUCAUCAUCUUUGAAAACAAACUGAAGCCUCGUACAGUAUCGGCCUUGGUUACUUUACGUAAUGCCAAUAUUCGACAAAUCAUGUGUACAGGAGACAAUAUUUUAACGGCCAUCAGUGUAUCAAGGGAAUGUGGUCUUGUGGAACAACAUGCCGAAAUUUAUAUACCGAAAUUUUUACAAGGUUCAUCGACCGAUCCAGAUUCAAUUUUAUCAUGGGAAAGUGUAUUACAAGAAGGCAACAUAUUAGACAACAAAACUUUGAUGCCUAGAAGAAGGGAAUCUCAUUAUUAUGAUCAUCCAUUUGGUGGAGGACAAGAACCAUAUUAUCUUGCGGUGACGGGUGAAGCUUUCCGAUGGAUGAUUGAUUACUCGAAAACCGACUUACUUGGACGAAUGCUUAUUAAGGGUGCUAUCUAUGGAAGGAUGUCACCUGAUGAAAAGCAAGAAUUGGUCAUGGCAUUACAAGAUAUUGGCUAUUGUGUCGGAUUCUGUGGGGAUGGUGCUAAUGAUUGUGGGGCUUUGAAAGCUGGUGAUAUUGGUAUCUCAUUGUCAGAAGCCGAAGCAUCUGUGGCUGCACCUUUUACAAGCAAUACAAUGGAUAUAGAAUGUGUGAUUGAUGUCAUCAAGGAAGGUCGAGCUGCUCUUGUGACUAGUUUUAGUUGUUUCAAGUAUAUGGCACUUUAUAGUUUGAUUCAAUUUACAUCAGUGACUUUACUUUAUGCCUUUGGAAGUAAUCUUGGUGAUUUUCAAUUCCUUUAUAUUGAUUUAUUCUUGAUCUUACCUAUUGCUGUAUAUAUGGGUUACACGGACGCUUGGCCCCAACUUUACCGAAAACGACCCACAGCCAGUUUGGUAUCCAAAAAAGUACUUACAUCUCUCAUUGGACAUAUCAUGAUUAAUUCGGGCUUUCAACUAUUUGCUUAUUGGUUGGUACAUCAACAGUCAUGGUAUACUGCACCUGAAUUUGAUCCAAAUGGACAAAAUAUAUCUUGUUAUGAAAAUACAGUUUUGUUUUUGGUAUCAAGUUAUCAAUAUAUUUUGGUGGCCGUUGUAUUUAGUGUUGGUCCUCCCUAUCGUCAACCUUUAUGGACAAAUGGACGAUUUAUGAUUACCCUUGUAUUCCUUGUUACCUUCACGACUUGGAGUGUAUUAUGGCCCACAGACUUUUUGACUGAUUUAUUGGAACUAGAAUAUCUACCAAUUGGAUUCAGAUUAUUGAUUAUUGGAUUGGCAUUAUUGAACUUUGGGAUCAGUAUGAUUUGUGAAAAAUGGUUAUUUGUACCACUAGCAAGUUGGUUGACAUGGGUGAUCAAAACGAAAUUGAUACAAGGGGAUUAUCAACGUAUUAACAAUGUUAGUCAUAGUAGUAAAUUAUAUAAACGAUUGAUUGAAGAAAUGGAUAGAUGAAAUAAAUAAAAUAUGUUUCUUUUAUUAUUAUUAUUAUUA